UUCUGCCAUGCUUUCUGAUUCCCUGCAGGCUUUGCUGGUACCUCUGUCCGGAAGAAGGAGGUGCAGGGCAGAAACAAUCUCUCUGGUGUUCAAAUAGGAAAACAAUGCUCAGAAAAUAGUGGCCACUUAAAUAGGUUUCAGUGCCCAUCAGAGUCAGAUUUGGAAUUGGAAAAAAAUAUCACCUCCUUUCCUAAUCUACCCUUCCCUCUACGGCCAACCUCUUACCAAGGCCACAUUCCAAAGUAAAGGGUGAAUAAAUUAAGAAACUUGCCCCCAACCGUCCCCUGCGAAUCUUCCCCACCCGUGCAGAUCUGAGAUGUAGAGCAACUAGAAAGCAACAUGGGUAACAUGCCUUCUGGCAGGAUUCUGGGGACCACAGGACUGGUCCUAUCCAUUCCCUGAUAUAGACGUGUCACCUCUUGGUGUGGUGGUUUACCUCAAGGGACCUUGGGGCUAUACAUACAUGGAUGGGAGAGACGUGAGAAUGUGUCGGGUGGUCAGGGUGGCCACCCAGCCCCUGUAGGUCCCCUUACCUUUCUUUUUCUUCUUUCUUUUUUUUUGUUCCCCUUACCUUUCUUGUUGCCAGCCAGGUGGACCAUUUCUUGCCAUUUUGACCAUCCAUAAAAUAUCUAACUGUGAUUAAGUUGACAGAAUUUUGGCUGAGAUGUCUGGUUUUUUCAGCUGUCAGUGGUCCCUCUCACUUUCCCUCCACAAGUUCUCUGGUCUGCCCAAAGUCCAUACUGUCUUGGGCUUCCUCCUGUUGCUUUUUCCUGGGGCCUCCAAAGUUUAGAAUCCUACAACAUCCUCCUGUGUAUUCAGCAGAUCCUUUAACCUUAAUUCCAUGCUUCUAGAUGUCAUUGUUUAGCACUUUGAGUACCAGACAUUGUGCUUGAUCCAGAAGUGAUGGCGAGAUCUCUGAGCCAGUAAACCCUUCCUUUUUUCAGAACUUCCCUCCUUUUUCACAGGCAGAGGAGUCAACUUUCUCUCCCCAAAGAAUGGAGAGUGGAAGAGAAAGCUUAAUGUUGGUGGAAAGGAACCAGGGGCAUGCCUGAGCCUCUUUAACUUUCUUCAAGGUCCUCUAAAGCAGGAGUCAGCAAACUUUCUUUAAGGAUCAGAGAGUACACAUUCCAGCCUUUGCAGGCCAUAUGGUUUCCCUUGCAGCUCCUUAACUCUGCCAUUAUAGCAUGAAAGCAGUAAUAGAUAAUACAGAAACAAGUGAGUAUGGCUAUGUUCCAAUAAAACUUUGUUUUUAAAAACAGGCAGUGGGUGGGUUUGGUCUUCAGGCUACAUUUUGGCCACCCCUGCUCUAGACCAAUGGGGAGAUCACAGAACCAGAAUGGUUCCAAGAGCUGGUCUAAGAGUUGCCCUCAUUUUACAAAAGGCAAUGAGGUCUGCAGAGGUGAAAUAUAUGCUCAAGGUGACACCAGCUGUUAGAACCCAGAUGAAGUAAAUGAAAUAGGAAAAGAGCGUUCAGAGAACCAACUAGUUGGUUGGCAUCACCUGACCUUUUUUUUUUUUUUUACAUAAAAUCUCAAAUAUCUGUUUGAAAUAUGUUUUCUAAAAUAGAGAAAAUAGUAUAGUAAAUCCCUAUGUACCUAUCACCUGGCUUGAACAAUGAACAGCUCAUGGACAAUCUUACUUUGUGUGUAUCUUUCCCCUUUGGCCUCUUUGGAAGCAAAUCCAUGAAAUCAUAACAUUUCAACCUUAGCCUAAGUGGCUGUCAGAGCAGAGUGCUAUUCUGAGGGCUUCCUGAAACACCAAGAUAGACCCAGGCCCUGCUUUGCAGAUGAGGUUUAGGCUAUUGCCUCCUUCAGCUUUCAGACACCAUAAUUUUCAAAAUUUGGCCUCAGCUACUGCUGCCACUCCCAGGCUUGCUAAGCUUCUGGAUUCUUUUGAGGGAAUUUGGGCUGCUAACAAUCCUUGAAAAGUACUCCUGAAGCUGGGUGGAUGCCUUAGGUUUUGGCAAAUUAAAGUGCCACUUGGCCAAAUUCAAAGCCUUUGUAAAUCAUGUUCUGCCCCAAGGGUCUUGCCAUCCCUAUAUGGAUGAUCUGGGUAGGGGUGUUUGACAUGGAUGGUGAUGUCCCUUUGUGACGUCAGACCAUUGCUGCCAGGGCCACCUUCCCUUUUUUGCCCUUUCCUGGUUAAAAACCCACUGAGGAGGGAAUGGAGGAGCAGGAGUUGAAGCUGCCCCAUUUUGCUCUGGCUCUGCUUCUAAGGGACCUGUCCCCUGUUGUCUCAGAUCUCAGAGGGCAGAGGCAUCUCUAUCAGAGCACUCUGCAAAGCCCCCUUCCAAACAUUCCCAUUUUAUAUUAACCACAGUCAUACCAAAUGAGUAGAGCAGGUUUGUCCUAAUUUCCCUCAGUGAUAAAAUGGCCCAAGGUUCACAGCUGACACGUGGUAGACUUGGGGCUAAGCCCAAGUGUUAGGACUCAAAUCCCAUGUUCUUGCCAUAGGCCAGCAGUUCUGAAUGUGAUCCCAGACCAGCAACCUCAGUAUUAUCUGGAAACUUGUUAAACAUGCAGAUCUUGGGCCCUAUUCCAGACCUAAUGACUAAGAAACUCUGGGAGGGUGGCUCCCAGUAAUGUUUUAACUAGCUCUUCAGGAGAUCAUCGGAAUCACAUCUAGAAUUAUAACACAAACAACAAACAGCCCCCCACUGCCAGCUGCACCCCAAGUGCACUGCCAACCUCUGACCAAGGCCUCCUUCCAAGGGAUCGAGAACUUGAGGCCCUUGCUGUCAUCGCCGCUGCCCCAACAUGCAGAUCCAGUCUGAUUCCCACCUGACCCCAAACCCUGCUCCUCAGUGCCAGAAGAGGAAGAGGAAUGAGCCUGGCCAGAGCCCAGGUGUAGUAGUUUGGAAGCAGAAUCCCAUCUGGCUUUCAAACGAGCACAGAACAGCAGCUUCAGACUUUCACUGCUGGAACAGCUCAAUUCUUGGGCAUAGUGUCCAAGUUGGGUACUUUACAUCUUUGACUCCAGCUCUGGAGAGUAAACCUGGUUUGCUUAUGUUCAAGAGGUCUUCCCUGUCCUGGCUCCAGAUUCUUCACCAGGUUUACUUUGUAAGCCAUUAAAUGAGGUGGCUGUGCCCCAGCUUAGCAAUGAUCUUACGCUCUGCUGGCCGGGAGUGCAGGCCAAUUUGCAAAGGCAUGUGGGAGGUAUUUACCUGCAAUGGGUGGGACCUAGAGGGAACUUCAAGUUCAUUUCCUUGGAUGGACAUUAAGCUGAGGCCUGUACUAGUUCCCAAGAAGCCCCACUCUCUCUUCCUGCCUCAGCUUCAGAUGACGAGUCUGUGGGUUGGAUUUACUGGGGGAGUGGUUUCGGCAGGGUUCCAGCCUUGGUCUGGUCGGCCCACCGGUUGACUGGAGCGUGCAGCGCUGGAGGCCCUGGGCUGCGUGGGGCGGGAGCCAUGUCGCCUCGGUCCCGGGUCCGCCCAUCCGGCAGGGGGCGCGCGGCGCCCGGGCCGCUCGCUCCUGCCCUUCUACCCUGUCCCUGCCGAGCUCCGGAGUCGCGGGGGCGGGCGGGAGCGAGAUGGCGGCCGCCAGGAGACUCAUGGCGCUGGCCGCCGGCGUCUCUCCGCGCCUGCGGCCGCUGGCUCCCUACACCCCCGGGCGACAGGGAUGCCCGCGCGGCCUCUCGACAGGCUGCAUCCGCCCCGACCGCACGAAGGCGGCCGCUGAGGCGGGGGCGGCCCCCGACGGGCCUGAACAAGGCGACGGAAGCAUGGUGAACGCUUCUAGGGACCUAUUAAAAGAGUUUCCACAGCCCAAAAAUCUUCUCAACAGUGUGAUUGGAAGAGCCCUUGGCAUCUCACAUGCAAAAGACAAAUUGGUCUACGUGCACACAAAUGGACCAAAGAAAAAGAAAGUCACCCUCCACAUAAAGUGGCCCAAGAGUGUGGAGGUAGAAGGCUAUGGCAGCAAGAAGAUCGACGCUGAGAGGCAGGCUGCGGCUGCGGCCUGCCAGCUGUUCAAGGGCUGGGGUCUGCUGGGUCCCCGGAAUGAGCUGUUUGAUGCAGCCAAAUACCGUGUGCUAGCCGAUCGCUUUGGCUCUCCGGCUGACAGCUGGUGGCGCCCAGAACCCACCAUGCCACCUACUUCCUGGCGGCAGCUGAAUCCUGAGAGCAUCCGGCCAGGGGGACCUGGGGGCCUAUCCCGCUCCUUGGGCCGGGAGGAAGAGGAGGAUGAGGAGGAAGAGCUAGAAGAGGGGACCAUUGAUGUCACUGAAUUUCUGUCUAUGGCCCAGCAGGACUCCCACACCCCACUCAGGGAUUCGAGGGGGGGCUCCUUUGAAAUGACAGAUGACGACAGUGCUAUUAGGGCUCUGACCCAGUUUCCGCUUCCCAAGAACCUUCUGGCCAAGGUGAUUCAGAUAGCAACAUCGUCCUCCACAGCCAAGAACCUCAUGCAGUUCCAUACUGUGGGCACCAAGACCAAGCUGUCCACCCUCACCCUACUCUGGCCCUGUCCCAUGACCUUUGUCGCCAAAGGGCGUCGCAAAGCAGAGGCAGAGAAUAAGGCGGCAGCCCUGGCUUGUAAGAAACUGAAGAGCCUGGGCCUGGUGGACCGGAACAACGAGCCGCUCACCCACGCCAUGUAUAACCUGGCCUCCUUGCGCGAGCUGGGUGAGACCCAGCGCCGGCCGUGUACCAUCCAGGUGCCUGAACCCAUCCUCCGCAAGAUAGAGACCUUCCUAAACCACUACCCCAUGGACAGUUCAUGGAUCUCCCCAGAACUCCGGCUGCAGAGUGAUGACAUCUUGCCCUUGGGCAAGGACUCGGGGCCGCUGGGUGACCCUAUCACAGGCAAGCCCUACGUGCCCCUGUCAGAAACAGAGGAGCUGCGUCUGAGCCAGAGCCUGCUGGAGCUGUGGCGGCGGCGAGGGCCGGUCUGGCAGGAGGCCCCCCAGCUCCCUGUGGACCCUCAUCGGGACACCAUCCUCAGUGCCAUCGAGCAGCACCCGGUGGUGGUCAUCGCCGGGGACACGGGCUGUGGGAAGACCACGCGCAUCCCCCAGCUGCUGCUGGAGCGCUACGUGACCGAGGGCCGAGGUGCUCGCUGCAACGUGAUCAUCACUCAGCCGCGCCGCAUCUCGGCUGUGUCCGUGGCACAGCGGGUCAGCCACGAACUGGGCCCCUCCCUGCGCCGGAACGUGGGCUUCCAGGUGCGGUUGGAAAGCAAGCCUCCAGCCCGAGGUGGGGCUCUGCUGUUCUGUACCGUGGGCAUCCUGCUACGGAAGCUGCAGAGCAACCCCAGCCUGGAGGGCGUGAGCCAUGUAAUUGUGGACGAGGUGCACGAGCGGGACGUGAACACGGACUUCCUGCUGAUUCUGCUCAAGGGCCUGCAGCGGCUCAACCCGGCCCUGCGGCUGGUGCUCAUGAGUGCCACAGGUGAUAACGAGCGCUUCUCCCGCUACUUUGGUGGCUGCCCUGUCAUCAAGGUGCCCGGCUUCAUGUACCCUGUCAAGGAGCACUACCUGGAGGAUAUCCUGGCCAAGCUGGGCAAGCACCAGUACCCACACCGGCAUCGGCACCACGAGUCUGAGGAUGAAUGCGCUCUCGAUUUGGACCUCGUGACUGAUCUGGUUCUGCACAUUGAUGCCCGCGGGGAACCAGGUGGGAUCCUCUGCUUCCUGCCUGGGUGGCAGGAGAUCAAAGGAGUGCAGCAACGCCUCCAGGAGGCCCUGGGCAUGCAUGAGAGCAAGUACCUCAUCCUGCCAGUGCACUCCAACAUCCCCAUGAUGGACCAGAAGGCCAUAUUCCAGCAGCCUCCCGUUGGCGUGCGCAAGAUUGUCUUGGCCACCAACAUUGCUGAGACCUCCAUCACAAUCAAUGACAUUGUGCACGUGGUGGACAGCGGUCUGCACAAGGAGGAACGCUACGACCUGAAGACCAAGGUGUCCUGCCUGGAGACCGUGUGGGUGUCACGAGCCAACGUGAUCCAGCGCCGGGGCCGGGCGGGCCGCUGCCAGUCAGGCUUUGCCUACCACCUGUUCCCGCGGAGCCGGCUGGAGAAGAUGGCCCCUUUCCAGGUGCCGGAGAUCCUGCGCACGCCCCUUGAGAACCUGGUGCUGCAAGCCAAGAUCCACAUGCCAGAGAAGACGGCAGUGGAGUUCCUCUCCAAGGCCGUGGACAGUCCAAACAUCAAGGCGGUGGACGAGGCCGUGAUCUUGCUCCAGGAGAUCGGGGUGCUGGACCAGCGGGAGUACCUGACCACUCUGGGGCAGCGCCUGGCCCACAUCUCCACUGACCCACGGCUGGCCAAGGCCAUAGUGUUGGCUGCCAUCUUCCGUUGCCUGCACCCGCUGCUAGUGGUCGUUUCCUGCCUCACCCGGGACCCCUUCAGCAGCAGCCUGCAGAACCGGGCGGAGGUGGACAAGGUGAAGGCACUGUUGAGCCACGACAGUGGCAGCGACCACCUGGCGUUCGUGCGGGCUGUGUCUGGCUGGGAGGAGGUGCUGCGCUGGCAGGACCGCAGCUCUCGUGAGAACUACCUGGAGGAAAACCUGCUCUAUGCGCCCAGCCUGCGCUUCAUCCACGGACUCAUCAAGCAGUUCUCAGAGAACAUUUAUGAGGCUUUCCUGGUGGGGAAGCCCUCGGACUGCACCCUGGCCUCUGCCCAGUGCAACGAGUACAGUGAGGAGGAAGAGCUGGUGAAGGGUGUGCUGAUGGCGGGUCUCUACCCCAACCUCAUCCAGGUGAGGCAGGGCAAGGUGACCCGGCAGGGCAAGUUCAAGCCCAACAGUGUCACGUAUAGGACCAAAUCCGGCAACAUCUUGCUGCACAAGUCGACCAUUAACAGGGAGGCCACACGGCUACGGAGCCGAUGGCUGACGUAUUUCAUGGCUGUUAAGUCCAACGGCAGCGUCUUUGUCCGGGACUCCUCCCAGGUGCACCCACUAGCUGUGCUGCUACUCACCGACGGGGACGUCCACAUCCGUGAUGAUGGGCGCCGGGCCACCAUCUCCCUUAGUGACAGCGACCUGCUGCGGCUGGAGGGCGACUCACGCACUGUGCGGCUGCUGCGGGAGCUGCGCCGGGCCCUGGGCCGCAUGGUGGAGCGGAGCCUGCGCAGCGAGUUGGCUGCACUGCCGCCCUGCGUGCAGGAGGAGCACGGGCAGCUGCUUGCGCUGCUGGCGGAGCUGCUGCGCGGGCCCUGUGGCAGCUUUGAUGUGCGCAAGACAGCUGACGACUAAGCCCCGUCUCCGCUGGGGCCAUGUACAGAGUGCAAAUGUUUAUUUAAAAUAAAGUUCUAUUUAUCCCUUGUGA